AUGGAAAAUACCAAUGAAGGAGCCCAAAACGAAACAAAAGUUAUGGAAUUCAUUCUUCUUGGCUUCCCUGGAUCUCAUUAUCUAAAAAUAUUCAUUUUUACAAUCUUUCUUAUCAUGUACACUCUAACAGUUUUAGGAAAUGUUGCCAUUAUCAUGAUUGUAACUGCAAAUCAACGUCUCCAUACUCCCAUGUACUUCUUCCUUAGCAAUCUUUCUUUUCUUGAAAUUUGGUAUACAACAGCCUGUGUACCAAAGACACUUGUCACCAUUCUUGGAUGGAAUAGAACUAUAUCUUUCAUUGGGUGCAUUAUGCAGAUGUACUUUGUUUUUGCCUUGGGUUGCACAGAAUACUUUCUGCUAUCCGUCAUGGCUUAUGACCGAUAUUUGGCCAUAUGUUACCCACUGCAAUACACUACUAUCAUGAACUUCCAUUUCUCCAGCAUGCUAGCAGCUAGCUCUUGGCUCUGUGGAUUCAUCAUUAUUUCCAUACCAGCUUUUCUGAUCUCAAGGUUAACCUUCUGUGGACCCAAUGUGAUUAACCAUUUCUACUGCAAUAUUGAUUCCUGGAUAAUUCUGGCCUGCAGCAGUACGUAUAAUGUUGAAAUUGCAAUGUUUGUUAUAGCUAUCUUUGUUAUACUGGGAUCCUGUACGAUAACUCUACUUUCCUACAUUUAUAUCAUCUCUACCAUCCUUCGUAUUCCUUCAGCAAAAGGGCAGCAAAAAGCAUUUUCUACAUGUUCCUCCCAUCUUGCUGUUGUUAUUAUUUGGUAUGGUUCCACUAUUUUUCUCUUUGUUAAGCCUUCUAAAUCGACUUAUUUAGAAAUGACCAAAUUGGUGAACAUUUUGAACACAAUUUUAACUCCCUUCCUGAAUCCCUUUAUUUACACACUAAGGAACAAAGAAGUAAAGGAGGCAUUUAGACAUUCAUUGCAUUGUUACCAGAGAAGAAGCUUUCAGUUUCAGAUUUCAUGGGACAAAUAUCAGCCUUUAUUACUGCUUGAAGUAUGGUAUACUUCAAAUCUCACUUCCAAAGUCGCUAACAGAUUUGUUCAGAGAUCAGAAAACUAUUUCACUGACAAAAUGUAUCAUUUG